AUGUAUAAAUAUAGAUUGAGUUUAUUGUUCUUAUUAUUGGUGUUGUUGAUGGUCAAUAUUGAUUCAUCAUUAUCCAAAAGUAUUGAAAAUGAGAGUCAUCAAUGGUCUACUCUAUUAUCACCACACGACUAUAGUCCUACAAUGAAAUGGCGACUACUUCGUAAUCGUGCCAUUGAUUUAGGUUGGGAAACUCAAGAUCAUAAAAAAGAUAUUCAAUCAAUAUCUAUAUCGAAUUCGACAGAGUAUAUAGUUAGUUGUUCAGAUGAUGGCUAUGCCAAGUUUCAUCGAGUGUUAAUGUAUCCGAAUCUCUAUCCCGAUUGGAGUCAUCUCUAUUAUGGCGAGCUGAAAUUGAGGGACAACGUUCGACAUCACCAAUGUCAAUUGACACCCGACCAGAAACAACUCAUUACACUCUCAACCGAUAGUCAAUACACCUAUAUCGAUAUAUAUAAUCACGAAGAGAUUGACAAAACGAAAUAUAGAAUAGAUAAUAGAUUGCCAUUGACCUCUUUGAAUAAUAACAACACCGAUAUCAAUCAUCGUCUAUCAAACAUCACUCGAUUCACAAUAGUAUUUCCACAGGAUGAUUAUAAUGAAAUUUGGUGGAAUAACAGCAUCAGCAUAACUAAUAAAAACAACAAUAAUAAUAAUAAUAGUUUUAAAUCUAUAAAGUAUAAUAAUAAUGAUAAUGAUAAUGAUAAGGAUAAUAGUAAGAAGAUAAUUAAAAAGUUAUUAAUAUCACCGGAUGGAAAUAUUUUAAUGGUUGUAUUGGAUAGUAGUAAGUUAUUGAUACAGUAUAAGGACGGUAGAGAAAUGGAUACGAUUAAAUUGGAUUUCGAAUUGCUGGAUAUUGUAUUCUUGGCUGUCGAUAAGCAGCAUAGUGAUUAUAAUCAACAGUUUAUGAUUGUUCCAAAAUAUACAACUCAUAAUACAUCGUCAGAUAAACCAUUCGUUGUACUCUAUUCGUUGAGUGACGCAACCGAGCAGUGGGAGACAAAAAACAUCAUCACACCUUCAUUAUUCCCAUUCCUAAAGAUUAAUACACAUUCAUCUAAACCUUGUCAAGCUUCAACAUCAUCCUCAACAUCAUCAUCAUUCACAACAACUACUUCUCCUACCAUUAUUUCAUUCAUGGAUGUAGAGAAUACCGUACAUAUCACUCGGUUAGAGAGGAAUAGAUUAAAGCUGGUUAGAUCAUUUCCAAGUAGUAGUGGUAGUGGUGGUGGUAGUGGUGUCAAUAGUAGUAGUAGUAGUUCAAACGCGAUAAUGAGAUUCUCAAAAGAUGCACACUAUCUAGUGGUAAAAUAUCCAUCAACCAAUGAGUUGGUUAUCUAUAGGAAUCAUGCUAAUGACUAUGCUCUCCAUUCUGUUAUUGACUUGGAGUCGUUGGAAACCAGCGAGUUUCAGUUGUUCAACUUGAGAUAUUACUAUCUGGUGGUAGGUACAACUGGUGGACAUUUGAAUUACUUCCGUGAGACAGUACCAACGGUUGUUACGGCGUGCGACGGAUUGGCACGCCAGCUCAGUUUCUAUCUGGAACCACCACCCGCAACCUACCAACCGACUGUCGAACACGACGGUAUCUUCAAUGCAUCGGCCAUCCAAACCACCCGACUCCUUCUAAUCAUCGUAGCCGUUCUUCACAUUGGAAUCGUACAAUCAUCUGUCAAAUCGAUCGAAUCGUUUAUCAUUAGUAAACUAUCGAUUUUCCGUAUACUAUUUUCACCGGUUGUCUUUUACAUCGGUGUAUUGGCGAUCGCUGGACUGUCAGCCUAUGAAAUCAUCUUUCAGAGUACAUUUACCAACGAUUGGCCAGCACAUAUUCAUCAUAUCGAGCAAUGGUUGAACACUCCGAAAACUCAACCACUUUGGACACCAAACUUUGACAGUGGACCACCAGCACCGUCAGAUUCUCUUACUUCAUCAUCGUUUGAUUUCGACUAUUCACAUUUCAUGCAUUAUCACGGUCCUUGUACCUAUCCAGCUGGAUUCCUUUACUUGUAUGGAAUACUCUAUUACCUUACAGGUAGAGGUUCACUCCAAGCAUUCCAAAUCAUCUGGGCACUGAUGGAGAUAUGUAAUUUCAUUACGAUCAAGAAGAUAUGUGAUCGAUUGAAACUACCGAUCAUAUUAGCUAUACUUCCAAUUAUAUCGAACCGACUACAUCUCUACAAUGUUAGAGUUGUUAUCAAUGAUUUUCCAUCAACAUUUAUACUACAUCUAUCUAUUUUGCUCUUAUUAAACAAACAAUAUAAAAGGUUCUCUGUUUUAUUUUCAUUCUUGGUAUCAUUGAAAUUAAAUUAUAUAUUCUAUUCACCAGCAAUACUGUUUAUAUUCGCCAAUACACUCCCAUUUAGUAGUAUUUUAACAAAUCUAUUUAUAAUGGGUGCAUUACAGAUUAUUAUUGGUAUUCCAUUCCUAUUAACCAAUCCUAUUGCCUACAUAACAAUUGCAUAUGAUAUAAGUAGAACUCUUCUCUGGGAGAAAACUAGAAACUUUAAAUUUGUUGGAAGAGUAAUAUAUGAUUCAUCUUAUUUCAAUAUAACUUUAUUAUUAUUAUUGAUAACAACUAUAAUUAUAUUCUUAAUUAGAAUGUGGAUAACAUUAGACAAUCUAAAGAGUGAUCAUAAAUCAUCAACAUCAGCAAAGACUGCUAAUUCAACAACAUCUAUUAUCAAUAGCAACAUAGCUAAUGAAAACAUCAAAUUAUAUAGAGAUAGAGCAAUGUUGUUUGUUUUCUUAUUUGUUAAUUUCUUGGCGAUUACAUUUGCUCGAGGUCUUUAUACACCAUUCCUAUGUUGGUAUUUCUACACCUACCCGAUAGUACUAUACUUUGCUGGCUAUCCAUAUAGUUUUAUCAUUGCAUUCUUUGUGGCACAUGAAUACCUAUUCCGAUUCUUCAAAGAUCUACUCUUUGAGAUGAACGCUACCUACAUCUAUUUCCUACUAAACAUUUUCACAGUAUUUAAUGUAUUGAUAGCUGGUAGAGUAAACUUAAAAACACACACAUCAAAUAACAACAAUAACAACAGCAACACAAUAAAUCUACAAAAAGAAAAGAAGAAUAACUAA